AUGCCAGAACAAGUCUCCUCAGUCCAGGCACAACUCCAGAGUUAUGCCCAGAGAGAUGAUUUAGGAGCAGAUGAGAUGGAGGACAUUGAGGGGACAAACCCGGCGAUGCCCCCAAACUUCUUGGAAGAUAUCCAGAGAGCCAUCAAUGGAGGAAGGCUCUCCAUCGCCAGGAUGCCCACACCAGUACCUGUCCCCAACCCCAUUCCUCCCAUUUCCAGUCAGGUCUAUCAGGCAGAGGACUCUUCCCCUGAUGAUGCCAUCGGCCAUUGGAGGUUCACCUCUCCCUCCUCAGAGAGCCCCAGCCACCCAUUGGCAGGUGGCCUAGCUAGGCCCCCCGACAACCUAUUGGAGACAAAGACUACUACUCCCAGACACCAAUCAGGAGUGGUGCCUCUGGGCUCCCCCCAGCCUGGGAGGAACCCCCAGCCUGAAGGAAAUCCAGGCGGAGAAAACCAGAACCCCGAACCAGCUGGUAAUGGUGGAGGAAAUGGUAUAGUCCCCCCGGUUGUUGGAGCUCCCAACCCGGGAGGGGACUCAGAGAGUUCGGACUCGGAGCCUGAGUAUGGAGACAGGCAAGGAUGGCGGGGAUACUUCAGGAAGAAGCUUGAGAAACAACAGAAAGAGCUUCUGGCCUCCAUGGCCCAGUUCAUGAGGUCUCUGGCCCCCUCACAUCCCUCCGCUGCCUCUAGGGCCCGAGAACCCAAGGCACCCUCUCCGACCAAGUUCAACAGCAAAGCAGACAAUGUGGAGACCUUCGUCCGGCAAUGCGAGAAUGUUUUCUCCAUCGAGAGCCAGUCCUUUACCUCCAACGAGAUUGGGAUCCGUUAUGCUGGCAACCUGAUGGAAGGAGAUGCUCCGGUCAAGUGGUAUGAGGCAUAUCACAACUCCAUUGACCAAGCUUCUGCCAACCGGAUAGCUGGGAUGCCUGUGGUGCUGGACGAGAGAUGGAAGUGCUGGGAUUCCUUUGUGGAUGCUCUCAGAGCAGCCUUUGGUGAAGCCAUCUCUAGGGAUGACGCUGUAGCCAAUUGA